UCGAUGGUGCUCUGAACGCUCGUACCGACUGAAAGGAACCCGAGGAGAUGCUGAGAUAAUCUUCUACCAUGACAACCUCCUCCUCUUCUGGUUCCGGCUCCAAACAAAUACAUUCCUCAGAAUUUUCCUCGACUUCAUGCUCAGGCUUCUCAUGGAACUAUAUCAAGCUUUUAACACCAACGGUGGAUUCUAUAGAUAGGACAGCCAAAGAGAAAGAGGUUGUCAUGGUAGAAUAUUAUAUCGAAGAAUGCUACUGAGGAAUGUGUUUUUUUGGAGCCGAAACUAGAAGAGAAGGAGGUUGUCAUGGUAGAAGAUUAUAUAAGCAUCUCCUUGGGUUCCUUUCAGUCGCUACGGGCGUUCGGAGCACCAUCGAGCGUCGUAGACAGCUCCUCUGACAGCUCCGCUACGCCAUCUAUAGUGUCUAGCACUUAUGCAUACACGCCCUUGAUCGAUGGGGAUGACCUAUUGGACUUAGACUUUGGGGAUCUCCCUGAUCCUCCCCUGGUCGUUCCAAAAUUCAUUAUCCCUUCACCUGAUACCCCGAUCACCAUGACAUGGAAGGAUACUCCACCUGCACUUGGACUUGGAACUGACCUUUUGGUUGAUGUUAUCCCAGUGGACGAGACAGUCAGCGCACCAGGCGCCCAUGUACCAUACUGUUUUUUUUGUGGGCGUAUAGGACAUUACCUGCUUGACUGCCAGUUUUACACUCCGUACGCACCAUCAUGCAACAUCUACUUGAUUUGUGGAGUGAGAGGAAAUUAUUCCAGCACUUGCCCAACACUGAGGGUUGAUACUCCGACUCGCGCACAGACUCCUACUCCACCCCCAUUUCACGCUACUGGUCCAGAUUUCGUCCACUAGCUACCCAGGUUGUAUAUGCUCCCAAUGUAGCUUUAGGUUCCUUUGAUUUUUGUAGGUAUCCUAAACCCUAGUUAGGUAACCGGCACUAACCAUAUUUUUGCGUGUACAGCGGUGGUGUUGGUUAGGUCCCUAGUGACUUGCGGUUCUAUCUUGUAUCAUCUUUUUGGGUUGGGUUGGUUUGUGACGAGGUUUGAAUAAGCGGUGUGUGUAUAUGGAUACAAGAAUGAUGUUUGAAACUUAUGUUAUGAUAUGACCAUGUUGUGUUUAUAUUCUCGCUCUUGCCUUUGAUUGCUUUAUAUUGAUUUGUUUGUUUGCGUGUGAGUGUUUAUAUUUGUUCAACUUAAGGAGCCUUAGUUAAAGGCAUAGGAGUCUAAGGAGUCCGGAGAGCAAGUGAGAGUUAGGCAAAAACCAUAGAAGUUAGUACGAAUAUCCCAAAACCUCACUGACCAAAGAGACAAGUCGAUAGCCACGCCAUAUAUAUUGACGUAGAGAAUCACACAUGGAAACCAAGGGUGAAAGAAAGAUACAUGACGAUAUGGUACCUUAGUCGAGGCGAAGAUAAAGAAGCCAUAUGAAUCACUAGACGUCAGCCAAAGAGGUUAUUAUCUUCAUGAAGAAGAAAAAAAAUGGCUAGAUAAAUGUAUUAUAAGAGAAUACAUAGUCACACAUACCAAAUAUAUUAUUAUAUUGUCAACUAUACGAAAUAUAUGUAUUACAUUGCCAUAUGCAUGAACUAUAUGACAUUAUGUGCUCAACACCAUAGACAUACAAUCCGGUAAAUCGGUCGACUGACUUCGGCGAAAAUCAACGCUAACUCGGGAGUUGACCAAAAAGAUAUAUUAUGAAUUUUUUUUAUUAAAAAUCGA